AUGGACAAGAUGGUGAGCAAGAUCAAAAGUUUGGAGAAGAAGGUUUCUGGUUCUUCAAGCAAGAAGAAGAAGUCCAAGGCCCCCACUUCCCUAGGAGUAGUCACUCCUCACCACUCAAGGAGGCUCUCCCAAGAGCCUCACAGAGCCUCUUCUUUCGAGCCAAGGGAAGGAGAAGACAACACGCAGAGAAGGAGGAAGACUUCCAAGGCCAGACGCUCCAGCUCGACCACCGGACUCGAUCGAGUCCAAACAGAGGAAACUCAACUCGAUCGAGCUGAGGGUCGAGUUGACCUGGAGGAGCCCCUGUUUGAGAACCCUGGAUUCGAGUACGAUCAACGCAGUACCAGGACUUCUCCCAGACCAACUGGACCCCUACAACAGCUUCGAGCAAGCACAGCUCCACCAAGGCCAAGGGAGCCACACACUUUGAAGAUGAAGAAGAAGAAGAGAGGAGCAAGCUCGAUCGAGUGA